ACUGUACACAUCUGAGUGCCGACUCCCGACGUAAAUGUAUGAAUGAAAGUGACGGCGUCCCCCUGACCUGCGCCAGACAGGACUUAACAGGCAACCAAAAUAAAUGACCACUGGCUGACGAUUGCACCGUCAUAGGCACCUCCCAUAGCGCACGGUCUCUCUGCAGUCCUCAUCACCCCGCAUCAUUCUUCUGCCGAUCUUGGGCGUGAGUCAUCGAUGGACUUUACUCUCUUGUCACGGGGGACGCCCGCGAACGCCUUUUGUUGACGCAUAGUAUUGCGUAUGUCGCAGUGACGCACGAGUCAGGUGGCGCCUCAUAUAAUGGGAGGAGCUGUCCCUGGUGCUGAACACAGAAUCCCUGCUCACGCUCACACUGAGAAAGAGAUGCUAAGUUCACUCACGACGAUCAAUUGAAACUAUUCUGCAGAGGCUGAAGACACCAUGCCAUCACUCCCCACGCUCUCCUCGGUAGGGAUGGCCUUCCUCUUCUCCCUGCUCCUCCUCCUCUUCCUCCUGGGCUCUGGCAGUGUCCAGGGGGCCUCUCUCAGAGAACACAGACUGAAAGGCAGUGAGCUGGACCCCCAGCAAGUAAACACCCCCUACCUCCCCACCAACGCAGACAUGCUCAAGGCCUUGGAGUACAUUGAGAGCCUCCGCCAGCGUACCGGGGGAGGAGCGCCAGCCCCCCAGGAGCAGGCUCCCCUCACUCCAGACUACGACACCACCAACAUGGACAAAGACUCAGAGAAACUCCGCUCCAUGCUGAGGCUAGCCUCUCCUGCCCAGACCAGUCAGCGUAAGAUCGGCCAGGACCAGGAUGAAGAGGAUGAGGAAGGGGAGCGCAACAAGGAGGACAAGACCCAGGAGUGGCUGCAGGCGGUGCUGAGUACCCUCCAGCAGACCGAGAAGGGCCCCAAGCCAGCCCCUGUGAGGCCCAGUGCAGCCCGCCACACUCUGGGCAAAGGGCGGAGACCGGCGAAGGAGGAGAGCCAGUUGGGAGAGGGCGUGGCAUAUCCAUGGUCACAGCAGCAGCAUACCAGCCGGCCUAACAGGAAGUACCCACUGAUGUUUGAAGAUGAGGAGGACGGUGAGGAAGAAAGCAGAGCCCCAGGCCGCGAGAGCCCCUUCAAACGCACCAAUGAGAACAUGGAAGGGAAGUAUACACCCCAGAACCUGGCCAACCUGCAGUCUGUGUUUGAGGAACUGGGGAGGAUAGCCAAUGCCAAGGCUGGGCACAAACGCCAGACUGAGGAUGAUGAAGAGGAGGAUGAUGAUGAUGAUGACAUAUUCCGGGUGAGGAAUCUGGCCUAUGAGGAUGUGAUGGGGGGAGAGGACUGGGCGCCCUUAGAGGAGCAGGUGGAGACGGAGGAUGAGGAGAGUGACAACAGGCAGGAGUUUGACAGAGGCUUGAAGGAUGAUGAAGAGGAUGAUGAUAAUGAAGAUGAGGAGGAGAUUGAUGAGGUCAAGCGAUCGAGCCAGCCGGUUCCGGGAGAACAUGACCCAGAUGACAUCACCAAACUGGUCGACUACUACCUUCUGAAGGUGCUAGAGAAAACAGAGCAGGAGGAGCGGAAGAGAGAGCUAGAAGAAGAGGAGGAGAGGGAAGAGAGGAGGGCAACUCAAAUUCUGUACAGCGACAAGGUAGAUCCACAAGCCAUUUACCACCUCAUCCAAAUCUCCCAGAAACUACAGAUCCCACCAGAAGACCUGAUGGACAUGCUGAAGAGUGGGGAGAUGACAAAACAGGACAGGACACCACUGAGGACACAAGCACAUUCUUGGACACCCAACGAUCUGGCCAGGGUAGAGGACAAACUAACUCAGAUCUCCUCUAAGAAAAAUAAGAUCCCUCUAGAGACAUUCUUCAACAGACGGCUGCCUGAGACCCAAACAAGCAACGUCCCAUAUGAAAUAAACACAGAAGACAUUCAAAAAAUCCUCGGGCUGGGAAGUGUGGCAAAUCAGAAUGCACCCGCACUCAAGAAGCAGAAACAGCAUACAAGCCCACCGUUAAGGUUUUACGCGCCAGCUGGAAGGCAGAAAGACUACAUGUUCUCUGAGCCAAACGUCCCAGAGAAAGGAAAGGGUGACUACGACAACACUGUCGACGAAGACGAGCUGGAGACAUAUCUGGCUGCCCAGAUGUUGGUGCAGUACCCGCAGGCAGCAAACAAGGCAGACCAAAAAAAGCGUGCAUCGCAGCCUCCCUCACAAGACGAUAAGCUUGUGCUGGGAAAGUUCGAGCAGGCGGUACAGGACUACUUUGACCAAAUGGACUCAGACAAAAGCCAGCCUCAGAAAAGGCAGUCAGAACCCGAGGAGGACACGGGCGGUGCUUUGCAAACGCAUGGCUUGGAUGACGACGUGCUGCUGAAAGUCCUAGGCUAUCUGAACCCAGAGACCGAAGAUAAGGACCUUUACGCCAAAACUGUCAAAGGAAUGUAGAUGGGGGAGAUGCAGCUACAUAUUAUAUAAUUGUUUUGAUGGGGGGGAAUCAUAAUAAAUUAUUUUGAAAAAUAAAUACAUGCAAUGGAGUUUAGUCUCUUCAGUAGAUUUACUACAGCUCAUGCUUUAAUAGCCAAUUUAUACAUGAACUUGAUCUGAUGUAGCUACAAGGGAGUGCCUAUUGGUGGUUGUAACUGGGUGUGUGGCAUAAUAUUCAAUGUUUUUGAUAGGCUAGAUAAAACAACACUUCAAACUAGCCGUACAUUUCAGUGCCCAUACAGCCGAAUCAGUGUUGGAUUCUUCACAUCCACUUGUGUUAUUCCUCGUAAAUUAUAUUUCGUACAUGUGUUCGGUAAUGUGUGACGUAUGAGAUGAAUAAAGCAUUGACUUUAUUUUUUC